GAGCGCGCUGGUGCUGAUGCAGGAUGGCUGGGCGCGCCGGAGCCGGGCAGCUCUGAGCCGGGCGAGGCUCGCUCCUCGCGCAUCGCCUCUGUGGCCCGCCGCGUGGUCGUCGGCAGGUGGGCCGGGGGUGCAGGGCCUGGCAGAGCGGGGUCUGCAGCCGGCGGGGCCGGAGGCCGGGUGGGGGGCUGCCCGCCUUCCCGGGCUCGGAGCGGCUGGAGCUGGCCGGCCGGCCGAGUUCGCGAUGACCUGCUGAGAGGCGCCGGUGGGAAGCUGCAGGAGGCGGCCGAGCUGCGGGCGGUGCGGUCGCGGCCUCCUUCCACCCAGCAGCGCCCAGCCGGCCCCCCACCCAUCCCCGCGUCCCCUCCCUACAGUCGGCCGCGAUGGCGGAUCCAGCCGAAUGCAGCAUCAAAGUGAUGUGCCGGUUCCGGCCCCUCAACGAGGCCGAGAUCCUCCGAGGGGACAAAUUCAUCCCCAAAUUCAAAGGCGACGAGACCGUGGUGAUAGGGCAAGGAAAGCCGUAUGUCUUUGACAGGGUGCUGCCGCCCAAUACGACCCAAGAGCAGGUUUACAAUGCUUGUGCGAAGCAAAUUGUCAAAGAUGUCCUUGAAGGAUACAAUGGGACGAUUUUUGCAUAUGGGCAGACUUCAUCAGGAAAAACCCACACAAUGGAGGGAAAGCUGCAUGACCCUCAGCUCAUGGGAAUCAUCCCCAGGAUUGCGCAUGACAUCUUCGACCAUAUCUACUCCAUGGAUGAGAACCUGGAGUUUCACAUCAAGGUUUCCUAUUUUGAGAUCUACUUGGACAAAAUAAGGGACUUACUUGAUGUGUCCAAGACAAACUUGGCUGUUCAUGAAGAUAAAAACAGAGUCCCAUAUGUAAAGGGGUGCACUGAGAGGUUUGUGUCAAGUCCUGAGGAGGUCAUGGACGUGAUAGAUGAAGGCAAAGCCAACCGGCACGUGGCUGUAACAAACAUGAAUGAACACAGCUCCAGAAGUCACAGUAUCUUCCUGAUUAAUAUUAAACAAGAGAAUGUAGAGACUGAAAAAAAACUCAGUGGGAAGCUUUAUUUGGUUGAUUUGGCUGGAAGUGAAAAGGUCAGCAAAACUGGUGCCGAGGGAGCUGUUCUGGAUGAAGCUAAAAAUAUUAACAAAUCUUUGUCUGCUCUUGGAAACGUGAUCUCUGCCUUGGCAGAAGGGACAAAGACACAUGUGCCGUACCGAGACAGCAAGAUGACGCGGAUUCUCCAGGACUCACUGGGUGGCAACUGUAGGACCACAAUCGUCAUUUGUUGUUCUCCUUCUGUCUUCAAUGAGGCCGAGACCAAGUCCACGCUGAUGUUUGGACAGAGAGCUAAGACCAUCAAGAAUACAGUCUCUGUGAACUUGGAACUGACAGCAGAAGAAUGGAAGAAGAAGUAUGAGAAAGAGAAAGAGAAGAACAAGACUUUGAAGAAUGUCAUCCAGCACUUGGAGAUGGAGCUUCACAGGUGGCGGAAUGGCGAAGCUGUGCCUGAGGACGAACAGAUCAGUGCUAAGGACCAGAAGAACCUGGAGCCGUGUGACAACACCCCCAUCCUGGACAACAUCACUCCCGUGGUCGCAGGCAUCUCUAUGGAAGAGAAGGAGAAAUAUGACGAGGAGAUCUCCAGUCUCUACCGGCAGCUGGACGAUAAGGAUGAUGAGAUCAACCAGCAGAGCCAGCUGGCUGAAAAGCUGAAGCAGCAGAUGCUGGACCAGGAUGAGCUUUUAGCUUCCACAAGACGAGACUAUGAGAAGAUCCAGGAGGAGCUGACGCGUCUGCAGAUUGAAAAUGAGGCAGCCAAAGACGAGGUGAAGGAAGUUCUGCAGGCCCUGGAGGAGCUGGCCGUCAACUAUGACCAGAAGUCCCAGGAAGUGGAGGACAAGACCAGGGCGAAUGAGCAGCUGACAGAUGAGCUGGCCCAGAAAACGACUACGUUAACAACGACACAGCGAGAGCUGAGUCAGCUACAGGAGCUUAGCAACCACCAGAAAAAGAGGGCGACGGAAAUCCUGAAUUUGCUGUUGAAGGAUCUGGGGGAAAUUGGUGGAAUUAUCGGCACCAACGAUGUGAAGACUUUGGCAGAUGUGAAUGGAGUCAUUGAGGAGGAGUUCACCAUGGCUCGUCUGUACAUCAGCAAAAUGAAGUCCGAGGUCAAGUCCCUGGUGAACCGCAGCAAACAGCUCGAGAGCGCCCAGAUGGACUCCAACAGGAAGAUGAACGCCAGUGAGCGGGAGCUGGCCGCCUGCCAGCUGCUCAUCUCACAGCACGAAGCCAAGAUCAAAUCUCUGACAGACUACAUGCAGAACAUGGAACAGAAGAGGCGGCAGCUGGAAGAGUCCCAAGACUCGCUCAGUGAAGAGCUGGCCAAGCUCCGAGCCCAAGAAAAGAUGCAUGAAGUCAGCUUCCAGGACAAGGAGAAGGAACACCUGACACGGCUGCAGGAUGCUGAGGAGAUGAAGAAGGCCCUGGAGCAGCAGAUGGAGAGCCAUCGGGAAGCUCACCAGAAGCAGCUGUCCAGACUGCGAGAUGAAAUCGAAGAGAAGCAGAAAAUCAUUGAUGAGAUUCGGGAUUUGAAUCAGAAACUGCAACUGGAACAGGAACAGCUCAGCUCUGAUUAUAACAAGCUGAAAAUAGAAGACCAAGAGAGAGAGAUGAAACUGGAAAAGCUCCUGUUGCUUAAUGAUAAAAGGGAACAAGCCCGGGAAGACCUGAAAGGGCUGGAGGAGACGGUGUCUCGAGAACUGCAGACUCUUCACAAUCUCCGGAAGCUCUUUGUCCAGGAUCUGACCACUCGCGUGAAAAAAAGUGUGGAGCUGGACAGCGACGACGGAGGGGGCAGUGCUGCCCAGAAGCAGAAAAUUUCCUUUCUGGAGAACAACCUGGAGCAGCUCACCAAGGUGCACAAGCAGUUGGUUCGUGACAAUGCAGAUCUGCGCUGUGAGCUGCCCAAGCUGGAGAAGCGGCUGCGUGCCACCGCUGAGCGCGUCAAGGCCCUGGAGAGCGCACUGAAGGAGGCCAAGGAGAAUGCCAUGCGUGACCGCAAGCGCUACCAGCAGGAGGUGGACCGCAUCAAGGAGGCUGUGCGCGCCAAGAACAUGGCCCGGCGAGCCCAUUCGGCCCAGAUUGCCAAACCCAUCCGCCCUGGACACUACCCGGCUUCGUCUCCAACGGCUGUCCAUGCCAUCCGAGGGGGAGGCGGCAGCUCUUCAGGCUCUGCUCAUUAUCAGAAAUAAACAGA